UUGGAGAAAAAAAGCCAAAAGCAUUGCAGAGUUUGUUGACUUGAAAGAAUCAUUGGAACCUAAAUUCAUCAUUAUCAGCGCCUCUGCAGAAAAGAUUAACAGUUGCAAGCUGCAGUUUACUUUGGUAGGAAUCAGAUCUGGAAAUAUGUCCCGAGACAACUGGGAGAGACUGGUGGCUGUCGUGCUGCGGAGAGAGCAACUUCGGCAAAUGUUUCAUGAACAAUCCAGGAGCCCAAGCAUCACCUCCAUUUCUACUGAUUUCUGUCCUUCUUCCACUCACCAAUUUCCCAUCGAUGGUUUAAGCUCCUUUUCGGUUUCCCAGCCCAGCGUAGCUGCGUCUCCAGCCCUGAGGAAAACAAGCAGCAAAAAGAACGGAUUAAACGAUAGUUAUAGUACCAGAACUCGACAGAGAAAGAAACUCCAAAAACUGCCCCCGGAGGUAAGAAAACUGGUCGAUGUACUAAGGGAAAUUCAGGCUCAACACGACUACUUGGAGUCGAACUUUUACAAGGAGAGAGCAGCACUCGAAGCAAGAUACCGGAAGCUGUCUCAGCCACUCUACGCAAAGAGAUACAGAAUCGUAAAUCAAGUGGACGGAGACGAGAAAGGCGUGCCUGAUUUCUGGCUGACUGCAAUGAAGAACAAUGAAGUGGUUGCCAGAGAGUUGUCUGAGCACGACGAGGAGGCUCUCAAAUUCCUAAAAGAAAUAAAGUCGUCUAAAGUUGAAUAUCGCAAAGGCUUCAGACUUGAAUUUCAUUUCGACCCCAAUCCAUUUUUUAAGAACUCCGUCCUGACUAAAACUUAUCGAACGGUUGAUGAAGGUGAACCUGUUCUUGAUGGAGCAAUCGGGACGAAGAUAGAAUGGUUUCCUGGGAAGAAUUUGACGCACAAGAUUAUGCAAAACAAGCCUAGGAAAUGGUCGAAGAUCAUCAAUAUGAUUGCUGGGACUGAAAAACGUAAAAGUUUCUUCAACUUGUUUAGUACAUAUCGAGGCCCUGACAUCGAAGAUCUAUACCACGAUAUUGCCCGAAAGCUCCAGCAUCGGAUGGUAAGAGACUAUGAGAUUGGCUUAAUCAUCCGAGACAAGAUUGUUCCUCAUGCAGUUUCAUGGUACAUGGGAGAGGAUAUUUGUUACAAUGUACUUAGUUUUAGAAAAGGAAAAUUGUAACAUUAAUCCAUUACCUAAGACUAAAUUCAGCUUUUUCUCAACUUUCUUCCAGCAACUUAAGUUCUCCACAAGGGAAAAGUCGCAUGUCAGCUUCAAAUUCAAAUUUUAAUGCUCUAUUAAUUUUAAAUUAAUAGGUUUGAUGUAAUAAUGUUUUCAUAUCUUUUUAGAAUAUA